AUGGCCCAGCCGGUCCACAGCCUCUGCUCCGCCUUUGGCCUCCAGUGCUGCCUCCUCUUCCUUCUAGCUUCUUGGGAGGCAGGUGCUACUACAUUCCAAGAAUAUCAGAAAACUGGGGAACUCUCAACAUCCGAUCACAUAUUUCCCCUCACUCCAGGCGUUGUUUAUAGUAUCCCUUUUGAUCACAUUGUUCUGCAUUCAGGACAAACACCUCCAGAGCUCCCUAAAUCUACAGAAAUCCAUGAGCAAAAACGCCACUGCAACACCACACGCCAUUCUAAGCCAACUGACAAGCCUACAGACAACUCCAAAACUACAGACCACAAAAGCUCUACAGAUAAUCAUGAGGCUCCUCCCACUUCUGAAGAAAACUCCAGCAAUCAAGGGAAAGACCCAAUGAUCCGGAACCAGCGCUCUGUUGAUCCUGCUGACUCCACUACCACACAUAAAGAAUCCGCUGAAAAACAACAUAUAACGCCAGCACCCAAGAGCAAAAUAAAUUGUCGUAAGUCCACAAUAGGCAAAUCAACGGUAACAAGAAAGACAGAUAGAACUGGAAGACCUUUGGAAAAGUCCAUGAGUACUUUGGAUAAUACAAGUACCACCUCACAUAAGACUACAACUUCCUUCCACAACUCAGGCAAUUCACAGAACAAGCAAAAAAGCACAUCUUUUCCAGAAAAAAUCACAGCAGCCUCAAAAACAACAUACAAGACCACAGGAACCCCAGAAGAGUCAGAAAAAACUGAAGAUUCCAGAACAACAGUUGCCUCAGACAAGCUCCUGACAAAAACUACAAAAAACAUACAAGAGACCAUAUCAGCCAGUGAGAUCACACAAUCUCUAGCAGAGCCUACAGAACAUGGAGGAAGGAGAGCCAAUGAGAACAACACACCAUCCCCAGCAGAGCCUACAGAACAUAAAGAAAGGACAGCCAGUGAGAACACCACACCAUCCCCAGCAAAGCCUACAGAAAAUGGAGAAAGGACCCCAUUGGCCAAUGAGAAGACCACACCAUCCCCAGCAGAGCCUAUAGAAAAUGGACAAAGACCCAUUGCAAAUGAGAAGACCACAUCAUCCUCAGCAGAGCCUACAGAACACAGAGAAAGGACCCCACUGGCCAAUGAGAACACCACACCAUCCCCAGGAGAGCCUACAGAAAAUAGAGAAAGGACAGCCAAUGAGAAGACCACACCAUCCCCAGCAGAGCCUACAGAAAAUGGACAAAGGACCCCAUUUGCCAAUGAGAAAACCACAUCAUCCUCAGCAGAGUCUACAGAACAUGGAGAAAGAACCCCAAUGGCCAAUAAGAACACCACAUCAUCCCCAGCAGAGCCUACAGAAAAUAGAGAAAGGAGCAAUGAGAACACCACACCAUCCCCAGCAGAGCCUACAGAACAUGGAGAAAGAGCAGCCAAUGAGAACACCACACCAUCUCCAGCAGAGCCUACAGAAAAUAGAGAAAGGACAGCCAAUGAGAAGACCACACCAUUCCCAGCAGAGCCUACAGAAAAUAGAGAAAGGACAGCCAAUGAGAACACCACACCAUCCCCAGCAGAGCCUACAGAAAAUAGAGAAAUGACAACCAAUGAGAACACCACACCAUCCCCAGCAGGGCCUACAGAAAAUAGAGAAAGGACAGCCAAUGAGAAGACCACACCAUUCCCAGCAGAGCCUACAGAACAUGGAGAAAGAACAGCCAAUGAGAACACCACACCAUCCCCAGCAGAGCCUACAGAACAUGGAGAAAGAGCAGCCAAUGAGAACACCACACCAUCUCCAGCAGAGCCUACAGAACAUGAAGAAAUGACCCCAUCGGCCAAUGAGAAGACCACCCUAUCCCCAGCAGAACCUACAGAAAAUGGAGAAAGGACCCCAUUUGCCAAUGAGAAGACCACACCAUCCUUAGCAGAGCCUACAGAACAUGGAGAAAGGACCCCACUGGCCAAUGAGAUCACCACACCAUCCCAAGCAGAGCCUACAGAACAUGGAGAAAGGACAGCCAAUGAGAAGGCCACAGCAUCCUCAGAAGAGCCUACAGAACAUGGACAAACGACAGUCAAUGAGGACACCACACCAUCCUCAGCAGAGCCUACAGAAAAUGGAGAAAGGACCCCACUGGCCAAUGAGAACACCACACCAUCCCCAACAGAGUCUACAGAACAUGGAGAAAGGACAGCCAAUGAGAAGACCACACCAUCCCCAGCAGAGCCUACAGAACAUGGAGAAAGGACACCAUCAGCCAAUGAGAAGACCAUACCAUCUCCAGCAGAGCCUACAGAACAUGAAGAAAUGACCCCAUCGGCCAAUGAGAACACCACACCAUCCCCAGUAAAGCCUACAGAACAUGGAGAAAAGACUACAUUGGCCAAUGAGAAGAUCACACUAUCCCCAGAAGGGCCUACAGAACAUGGAGCAAAAACUACGUCAGCCAAUGAGAAGAUCACACCAUCCCUAGCAGAGCCUACAGAACAUGGAGAAAGGACCACAUCACCCAAUGACAAGAUCACCUCAUCUGCAGCAGAGUCUACAGAACAUAGAGAAAGGACUACAUCAGCCAAUGUGAUCACACCAGCCCCAGCAGAGCCUAUAGAACACGGAGAAAGGACCACAUUGGCCCAUGAGAAGAUGACAGAAGUCACAAAAAAGUCCACAGAACACCCAGAAAAGACCACGUCAUCCACAGAGAAAACCACAAGAACCCCAGAAAAGCCUACGCUAUACUCAGAGAAGACCACAUGCACCAAAGGGAAAAACACACCAGUCCCAGAAAAGCCUACAGAAAACCCAGGGAACACCACACUGAUCACUGAGACCAUAAAAGCCCCAGUGAAGUCCACAGAAAACCCGGAAAAAACAGCAGCAGUCACAAAGACUAUAAAACCUUCAGUCAAGGUCACAGGAGACAAAUCUCUCACUACUACCUCUUCUCAUCUAAAUAAAACUGAGGUUACUCAUCAGGUGCCCAUUGGUUCUUUCACCCUCAUUACAUCUAGAAUGAAGCUGAGUUCUAUCACAUCAGAAGCCCCAGGCAACAAGAGCCAUCCAUACCUCAAUAAAGAUGGCUCACAGAAAGGUAUCCACGCUGGACAGAUAGGGGAGAAUGAUUCAUUCCCUGCAUGGGCCAUAGUUAUUGUGGUCCUGGUGGCUGUGAUUCUCCUCCUGGUGUUCUUUGGCCUGAUCUUCUUGGUCUCUUAUAUGAUGCGGACACGCCACACACUAACCCAGAACACCCAGUACAAUGAUCCAGAGGAUGAGGGUGGCCCCAAUUCCUACCCGGUCUACCUGAUGGAGCAGCAGAAUCUUGGCACGGGCCAGAUCCCUUCCCCACGGUGAUCUUGGAGCAGGCGCCCAGCCCUGGCUCUUCCAUGCUCUGCCCCUUUCCUGGAUGAGGAACUGGACUCACAAUUUCUAUUUCCUGGACUACAGGAAGGGCAAAGAAUACUGAUGGUUACCAGUAUUAACCCUUCCUCUGUUCUUAAUUGAAAUUGGUUGGGGAAUGAGGUGAUAAGCAAGGAGGGUGUAAGUUUAGGGGACAAAGAAGAAAGAAUGAAUAAUAUGAGCAGACAUUCCCUGUAGAAGGUGAUGGUCUGAGAAUGAAAAGGUGUUUGAUGGACAUGUCGUGGGGGCACCAAUGCAGAACACUGCACUGAGUCCUAAAGGAAGGACAGGAGCCUUAUAGGCAAUGCCCCAGACUGACCUGUGAGUGGGGAUUAUGGGGAAAGGAGGGACUGAGGGCAGAGUCUCUGGGUUUCAGGACAGCAUUAUGUUAUUUCCAUUCACUAUUACUUAAGAGUUUGUGUGUAAACAGGCUCAUCUCUGAGUUCUCAGGACCCUUGCCCCCCCCAUUUUUUUAAUGAAAAAAACAAAAAACAAAAAAAACGGAUCCAAGAAGAAAAGAGAAUUUAUUUCCUUCUCCACUCUCUCCAUGCCGUGGAGAAAAAAAAAGUCCAGAAGAAAUCAUAAAUAUCUCUCAUCCACAUGGUUGCUUCCCCUUCCUCCCAAAUCCCUUAGUUUUCCUAAACGUCUACAGUGGACACUCUGUUGGUUUGGCUUGCUGGGUUGUGGGUGGACACACGAGGAGGGGAUUUUUAUUUGGCCAGCAGUCUCACCCACUGAUCUCCAUCCCAGACCUUCCCUGAUGGUGUCUCAGCAUUUAUUUUCCUGUCUCUUCCAUCAAAAGCCAGCUGUAGCUUUAUCUUGUAAAAGUUACCCAUCUUCUCUACCAUCCCCAUCCUCUCUCCUCCCACCUUCACCCCAGAUUCCAAUUUUCCUUCUUGUAGGCAUUUCAUCUGUGUGUGUUUUUUGGAUUUUCUCUUUCUCUUCUUACGGCCAUUUCACCUUAUUACUGAUUGGGCAGAGGGGGAAAAGGAGAAUGAUGAUGAUAGUUUCCUUCUGUCUAUUGACCUUUUUUAUAAUAAAGUAUAACAUGUUUAUAAAGGG